AUGGAACUCUCAACAACAGUAUUAGCUGCUCAAACUCUUCUUGCAACCCUUGAAUCAAAACAACUUAGGAGAAUCAUCUCAUCCAUUGGCGCAACUGCUGAAAAUCAAUAUUUUGUAAUCAAAUCCACAUUAUCUAACAUUACUCCUUUGCUCAAGGAUGCCGAAUCCAGCAAGUAUGAUCUCUCCCAUGAAGCACAAACUUGGCUCAACAAGCUCAAAGAUAUCGUCUUUGAAGCAAGCGAUUUGUUCGAUGAGUUUAUCACUCUUGCUAAGCAGAACCAAUUCUUAAAACCCGAAAAAGGAUGGCCUCGCUUUUCACAUGCUACCAACACCCGUGUUGGUAACAAGGCAUUCUCUCAGGUGUUCGAAAAAAUUACCAAGAGAUGGGACGCUUUAGACAAUACCCUGUUUAGUACUACCCCUUAUGAUCAUGCACAGAUCAAGCAGAGAAAGAUCGAUAGCGAGUUUUAUGUGAAGGCAGCUGAUAUCAUUGGAAGAGAUGAUGACUUGAACAGCAUUGUUGGCAUGUUGCUUGAUCCGAAUGUUCAGCAGGAUGCAUUGUCUUUCCUUACUAUUGUGGGAAUCGGAGGUAUAGGGAAAACAACUCUUGCCCAACUUGUGUAUAACGAUACAAGGAUCACGAAUGUGUUUCCAUUGAUGUUGUGGACUUGUAUCUCUGAUCGAAAUCAGAAGGAAGUUGAUGUGAAAGAGAUUUUUGGCAAGAUUUUGGGUCAAAAUCUUGAUAACUGCGCUAUGGAAUCGGUGUACAAACAAAUUAGUCAGAAACUAUCAAGCACUCGAUACUUGCUUGUUUUAGAUGAUGUGUGGACGGAGGAUCGUGAAAAUUGGCUUAAGUUGGCAGCAUUCUUGAAAGGAGGUCAAAGGAGAAGUUGGGUUGUGGUGACUACGCGUUCAGAAAAGACUGCAAGAGUUGUAGGAAAUGGGGUAAUGUACAAACUCCAAGGACUGUCAGAAGAGAGCUCUUGGAAAUUGUUUGAAAGAAUAGCCUUUGAAUCGGAUCUGUCCAAUUCCCCUCCAGUUGACAGGGUUAAGAUCGGGAGACAGAUUGUCGAUAGGUGUGCACAAGUCCCUCUUGCAAUAAGAGAAAUGGGACUUCUUCUGCGUGGUCUGGACACGAGUGAGUGGCUAUCGUUUAGGGUGAACUCGAAAGAAUUCAUAUCUACAUGGAAACUAAGCUAUGAUCAUCUUGCAUCUCCAUUAAAGUGUUGUUUUCAGUAUUGUGCAUUGUUUCCGAAAGGUUUUGAAUUCGAGAAAGAGAUGUUAGUAAGCCUUUGGAUGGCACAGGGUUAUCUUACUAUUCCCUUAGGUGGAGAUGAAAGCAUUGAAGAUAUCGGUGAAGAAUAUGUUUCAUUUUUCUUGGAUAGAUAUAUUUUCCAAGACAUCAAGAAAAAUAAAUUGGGUGACAUCGUGUCGUUUAAAAUGCACAAUCUAAUGCAUGAUGUUGCAGUAAGUGUUGCAGAUGAUGAAAUCUAUGCAGCCAGUACCUUUAGUGGCACUGGCAACCUAGAUAGAAAAAUUUGCCAUCUAUCUGUUACCGGGGAAGGUCAUAGUAAUUACUCUUUUGCUAAGACCCGAAUUUAUUCAUAUCUUCAUGUUGGUUAUACUGGCCUUAGAAGGGAAAAGGCGAACAAGACAUUCUUCGAGUCGCUAAUAGCAAAUUAUAGGUACCUAAAGGCUUUAGAUUUGAGUGGUUUGAUGAUCUAUAGUCUUCCAGAAUCAUUAGGUGAUUUGAUUCAUAUAAGGUAUUUAAAUCUGUCAGAUAAUAUAGAUUUGCAUGUACUACCUGUGUCAAUUACAAAUUUACACAAUCUUCAAACUUUAUAUUUGAGGCGGUGUAGUUCAUUAAUAGAAUUGCCAAAAGAUUUGUGUAGGCUAGUGAACCUUAGGACGUUGGAUAUAAGCAGUUGCAACAAAAUUAGUAGUAUGCCGAGGGGCAUGGAUAAGAUGACUUGCCUUUGUAAGCUAAGUGAUUUCAUAGUGGAUGUUAAAGCCGAUUAUUCAAGUUUGAGUGAAUAUUUUGACGGGUUCAAAGAGCUAAAGCCUCUCAACAACCUCAAAGGUUGUCUUAACAUACACGUCAAUUGGCGUAAAGAUGUUAUGAAGGUUGUCAAGGAAGACUGUGACUGGGAAGGAUCAUAUUUGAAGAGCAAGAAACGUAUCAACACCUUAAAUUUUGACUUCCAACACGAGUUGGGUGAUGAAAGAGUUAAGAAUGAGAACGUAAGAGUAAUGAUGGAAGAGCUAGAGCCGCAUUCUAAUCUUAAGGUUUUAGAGGUGAAGAAAUACCAUGGUUCGAGAAUGCCAUGUUGGAUAGCUAGCCUCUCUAAACUUGUCGAACUUCAUCUUGUGAAUUGCGGGGAAUUGGAGUAUCUUCCAUGUCUUGGGAACUUGAUUCAUCUGAAAGUCCUCAAACUUAUGAUGUUAGCGGAGCUAGAGUACAUAGGGGAAGAUAAUCCGACAGCUUAUUCCAUCUCCACACCUAAUCCCGAAUUGCUAAGUGUAGAAAGAUCGCCAUAUUUACCCUGCUUAGAAAUACUUGAGCUGAGCAAUCUGCCGAAAUUGAAAGCAUGGAGGCCAAAACGAAUGGGAUGCAAAGAAAGUUGCAGCAACAAGAAGAUAGGACCGUGUUUCUCUGAAUUGAAGUCGUUGUUCUUGUGGAAUUGUCCAGAGCUAACUUGUAUUCCAUUCUGUCCCAGCGUGGAAGAAUUGAAAUUAAUCAAUUUCAAUGAAAGAUUGCGAAUCAUGGAUAACACUGGAAACUUUGAAGAACUAAGAGAUGUUGCAGAUUCCUCAUCCUCAUCCGCACCUUGUAGACAACAUGGCACAACUCGAAUUAAGAAGGUGGUGAUAUCAAAUGUGGGUUGGCUUGGUUUACUGCCUAUGCAGGCUUUCCGGUUUCUGGAAAAAAUUGAAUUAUGGUGUGACAAAAAAGUGCAGAGUCUGACAGAGGCUGAGGAGGUGUUCCGUAGCUGUUCAUCUUCUCUUAGAAUCAUGAUCAUCCAUAAUUGCAGCAAUUUAAGAAGUGUUCUUUCAGGAGGGUUGGAGCAUCUUACAGCCUUGAAUGAGUUGCAUAUCAGAAAUUGUGAUAAGUUGAGUCUAUCUGAAGAAAUAGAAGAAGAAAAAGAGAGCGAGGAUGAAGUUGGCAUGUGGAGCCGAUUCUCUAAUCAUUCCCUCCAAAUCUUGACAUUGCAAGGUCUCCCCCAGCUUGUGAAUCUUCCUGACUGGAUACAAUGUUUCCCUGAUCUCCAAUCCAUUGGCAUUUCCUUAUGCAGCCGACUGAGAUCACUGCCGAAUUGGAUGUCCAAACUCACCUCGCUCAGACAACUCAGUGUUUCAAGCUGUUCAAGGCGGCUGGAGAGAAGAUACGAAGAUCCUCAUGGAGAGGAUUGGCCUUCCAUUCAACACAUCCCAAACGUCCGAUUUCACAAUUGUAUAUAUUAG